AGCUCGAGAAGUCCCUGAGUACUGACGCCAUAGAACCUAGCCUUGAUACUGACGCCAGCUCAUGGAUGGGGGAAUGGCUGCUAUGGGAGCAGGUUUCCGAUCAGGCGGGGGUGGUGGUACGGACGGAGGACCGUUGGAGAUAACCGUCACGGAUCCCGUCAAGCAGGGCGACGGUGUUAACGCGUAUACGUCUUAUCGAGUCACCACCAAGUCGCCAGCGUCGGACGGCGAGGUGUACGUAAUCCGGCGGUUCUCCGACUUCGAGUGGCUGCACGACCGUCUGGGCGACCUGCACAGGGGAGCCAUCGUGCCUCCGCUGCCCGAUAAGAACGUCGUUGAGAAGUUUCGCUUCAGCCGUGAGUUUGUGGAGAGCCGUCGCCGAGGGCUGGAGACGUUUGUGAGGCGCGUGGCGCGGCACCCCGUGCUGGGACAGGCGGAGGAGCUGCAGCACUUCCUCAAGGACAGCGAGGACCGAUGGACCAUGGAGAUGCGGAAAACCGCGGAGUCGAAGCUGCUGGGAGCCAAGCCCAGCGACUUCUUCAGCCUCUUCUCCAGCGUGCAGUCGACCCUGGCGAGUGCUGUCUUAGGGAGGGAGGAUGUGACAGAGGAGAAGGAGACGGAGCGGCUCAAGCGAUACGCCGAUGCCCUGGAGAAGGCUCUGACUGACUGCCACAGGGACGCGCUGCAGUUCGUGAAGAAGCAGAGAGAGCUGGGGGCAUCCAUGUGCGAGUUUGGAGUGGCACUGCAGUCGCUGGGGCAGUGGGAGGAGGGCCCUCUGGGGAAGUGCUUUAGCGAGGUUGGCAAUAAGGCGGAUAUUGUGGGCUCUGCUACCAGGAAUAACGCGCAAGUCUUUCUAGAGAAUCUCGAGGAGCCUUUGAAGGAGUACGUUCGACUUGUUAUUUCACUCAAGAAGGCCAUCUCUGACCGCUCUCUUGCGUGGCGCAAUCUCAACCAGCUAGAGGCGGACCUCAAAGCCAAGAAGGGCAAGCUGCAUCGAGCCCAAGCAACUUCCCAGAAGCAGGAGAAGAUUGAGGAGAUAGAGAAGGAGAUUGCCGAUGUGACUCGCAAGGUGGAAGAUGCCAGGAAGGAGCACGCUGACGUGGCGCAGCGCCUGGGUGGCGAGCUGCAGCGGUGCCACGUGGAGAUGGCAGCCGAUUUCGAUCGCAUGUUCCGGGACUUCCGUGCGGUGCAGGUUCGCAUUCAGCGGCAAACAGCACACUCGUGGGAGUCCCUGCAACCUGCCAUCAGGGCUGCAGGUGCCGCCCUGCAGCAGAACCAGUCACAGACAGCAGCAGCAGCCCAACAGGCAGCCUAAUUUUGGAGCACAUGGUUGGACACUUCCAGACGGUCCAGCCAGGUUCGCAUUCAGUGGCAAGCAGCGCAUUCGUGGGAACCUGCCAUUACGGCCACUGGUACUGCCCUGCAGCAAUCACAGUCAGCAGCAGCAGCAGAAUAGCCACUAGCCCGCUUACAGCGGCAAUCGGCGCACUCGCAGGAGUCGUGGCGCGGCAACAUGCUACCGCGCUGCAGCAGCAGAACCAGUCAGCAGUAGCAGCAGCAGCUCACAGGUGCCAGCCUCUUUAGAUUUAAUCUUCUGGGUCAUUUUGUUUCAGAUAUGAUACCAGUACAGUGUGCAUCUCUGUGGAAUUCGUUAGCAUGUGCACUAAAGAAGAGGUAGGCACUUGCAGUACCCAUAUAACAGUAGUGUAUGGAGAUCCAGGUCAUGUCCAGCAGCAAAUCGUACUCGCGUGGGUAUCACUGCAUUUUGGUAUCAAGGCUGAUAAUGCGCAGCAGUCAACAGCCUUCCCACAGUCAAUGUACUUGCCAUAAUGUGCAGUGCAGAGGUGGUCGAUUGUCAAAGUGUUGUCAAACAUAUAUAUAG